AACCCCGUUGGACCACCUCUGAUUUUUGUUAGAUCCCAAAAUAACCCAUAUCAUAAAGACACUAUUGAACCGGUGUUUGGGGAAGAAUGAAAAAGAAAAAUUAAAACUGAACAUCUUAUUUGUAAGGUUGGGAUCGGUGAAUUAACUGGAAAAAAAAAAAAAUCUUGGCAGAGAUACAGGCCACUCCAGAGAAGCAGCAGCUGGUGGAGAAAUGGAGAUGCAAUCCUAUUAUGCCAAGCUCUUGGGGGAGUUGAAUGAACAGCGAAAGAGGGACUUUUUCUGUGACUGCAGCAUCAUUGUGGAAGGGCGGAUCUUCAAGGCCCACAGGAACAUUCUGUUUGCCAACAGCGGCUACUUCCGAGCCCUGCUCAUUCACUACAUCCAGGACAGCGGGCGGCCCAGCACCGCCUCGCUGGACAUUGUCACGUCCGAUGCCUUCUCCACCAUCUUAGACUUCCUGUACUCUGGGAAGCUGGAUCUGUGCGGGGAGAACGUGAUUGAAGUUAUGUCAGCGGCCAGCUACCUGCAGAUGAACGAUGUGGUGAACUUCUGCAAGACGUACAUCAGGUCGUCCCUCGAUAUCUGCCGGAAGAUGGAGAAGGAGGCGGCGGCGGCGGCGGUAGCCGUGGGGGCUCAUCAGGUUGACGGUGGAAGCCCCAGUUCAGGCAGGGAAGGGACCUCCUGUGAUACCAAGAGCUUGGUCUCCUCGGCAGCUGAGGGAGAGGAGAGUGUGGACUGUCCGAGAGAGUCCCCUUGCGGUGACUGCCAGGGCUGCCACCCGCUGGGACUGGUGGUGAAGGACCGCCAGGGCUGUGGCCCAGCUGACGGUGACCUCUCUAUUCUGCCCAAACAGAUAGAGCCCAAGGUGGAGUUUGAGGCCGACGAGGUGGAGGUGGAGGGUGGUGAGCCGCUGCAGCCUUAUGCCUCCCCACUCAGCCUGGCCCGCGUGGCCGAGGCUUUGCCCGGUGGCCAGGCUGUGGACUUGGCUUACGGGAACUACCACGUGAAGCAAUUCCUGGAGGCACUUCUGCGCAACAGUGCUGUCCCCAGCAAAGGCGAUGCGGACCAUCACUUUUCUCGGAGUUUGGAGGGAAGACCAGAUGGUGCAGGAGGAACCAUGAGUUCCAUGAUGGAUGUCCAGACUAACUGGUAUGGAGAGGACUCAGGUGACGUGCUGGUGGUCCCCAUCAAGCUCCACAAGUGUCCUUUUUGUCCUUACACUGCCAAACAGAAGGGCAUCCUUAAGCGGCAUAUCCGCUCGCACACGGGUGAGCGGCCCUACCCCUGUGAGACCUGUGGUAAGAGGUUCACGCGACAGGAGCAUCUGCGGAGUCACGCCCUGAGCGUGCACAGAUCCAACCGUCCAAUCAUCUGCAAGGGCUGCAGAAGAACCUUCAUGAGUCACCUGUCCCAGGGCCUGCGGCGCUUCGGGCUGUGUGACAACUGCACGUGUGUUACCGACACACACGAUGAGGAGGACGAGCUGAUGCCCAUCAACCUUAGCCUGGUGGAGGCUUCGUCGGAAAGCCAAGAAAAGAGUGACACGGACAAUGACUGGCCAAUCUACGUGGAGUCUGGUGAGGAAAACGACCCCGCCGGAGAGGAUUCUGAUGACAGACGGCAAAUUCGGCCCUACUUGUCAGAUCGAGAGACACUUACGUAGCAGUAAAUUUUGGUGGGGGAGAGGUUUUAGAAUUGGUUGUUGCUUAUUCUGCAUUCGAAAGCCGCCAUUUGUCCAAUUUUGUGGGACCCAGAGGGGAGCAUUUUUUUCGCUGUUCCUCUACUUGCAUUUUUGUUAGAUUACAUAGCGAAGGUUGGAUCUUGUGAGUCGAAGGACUAAUGACUGCUUAGUGGAAUGCCCUUGGUUUCAAAGGGCUUUGCUGAGUUAAUUCUGAGGGAGUCAAGGCUGGCCCCAAGGCUCCCCAUUCUUCCUGUCGUGCACCCAGACUCUGGUUAGGAGAGAGAUAAGAAAAUCUCCAUGCUUGUUUUCAUAUUGUCUCACUCAUCUACAUUCCUUUCUUGUCAGCCUUUUUCUCUGUAAAGGUGGGCAAGAAUAGCUUGAGACCAGUCUCUCUUUUGCCAAGCCUCUCCUAAUGGAUUCCAUAUUUUAGUUUUCUGGUGAAGUCUUAAAGAGAAAGCUUCAUGACAUUAGGUAGGCAGGGAUGUUCGGCUACAUGAUCGUAAAGGUACUUUUUAACUCUAAGGCUGCAAUUUUAAUGGCUGGGAGUAUUUAUGUGCACACAAACAUGGAAAUGAGCUGAGAGGCUCCUGGGGUACUCUGACUUGCCCAGCUGUAUUAAACUUUGUUAGCCCUGGGAAGGGAGCCUGUGAGCCCAGGUCUGGGCGGUUUCCCUGUCUCAUUUGGUAUUUAACAAUUCUACACACACAGAUCACCUGUUUUGUGAUCAUAAAACAAGUCAUUUGGGCGAAAUUCAAAAUACUCCUGCUUUUUCCAGCCAUUUUCCAGAGUCACUGUUGUGGAGCAUGGAAAUAUGGCCACUGCUGAGUUUUCUACUUUGAUUAUGAAUAGAGCUUUAAUUGGAGGGAAAGUGCAAGCCUAUAUAAACAAGUUAUAUUUCUAAAUUGUUUACCCUCUGGAGGGAAAGAGAAGGUUGGUAGAAGAACAGGUUUUUAAAACCAUUCUGCUUUUCACCCACUUUGCAGCCAUGUGGUUACUCUAACAGAAGAGGCUAUACUUCUUUAAAAGACCGAAGAGCAGGAAAUAUUAAGGAUUAAAGAUAUUUAAGGCACUUUCAUAAUUUUGUCUCAUGUUAAAGUAUCCAAAAUGGGCUUUGAAGGAAAUCACUUUUUCUUCCUUUGAGUAUAGUUGUGUUUCAAAAGGUGGCAAAACCACCUUUCUUUCUGCCUCCUGAACAAAAAAGCCAAUAAAAAACAUUAUAAAUUGGCUUGUGAGUGUUAGUCGUUGAAGAGUUCAAAAGGUGUUUAAACCAUACUUCUCAAUAGAAGUGAGAACUCCAGAAUAGUGUUAGUCAAACUGUGACCCCCAGACAGCUGGCCUGUGAAUUCUUUGAUACCAAUCCACACAGUAGGACCACCUGUUGGCCUGCAGUAGAUUAGAAAUUUUAAAAAUGGUCUUUUGCCACAGAUAGUUUGAAAAUUAUUGUUUUAGAUCAAGAUUAACAAACCGGAAAUUAUCAAGGACCAGAAACACUUUUCAUUCCUGAAAUGGAAAUAUUAGCUGUUCUUUUCAAGGAGGGAUCUUAGCAAAAAGGAAAUCUAACUGGUUGUGUAGAAGGUGUGCUUUGCAAGGAGUUUUGUUUGAUAUUUUUGCUCUGUUUAAAUUAUUUCUAGUGGUUUUUUAAAAUUUUAUUUUUAAGUAAUCUUCACACCCAACAUGGGGCUCGAACCCACAACCCUGAGAUCAAGGAUAGCAUGCUCCACUGACUGAGCCAGCCAGGUGCCCCAUUUCUAGUGUUUUAAUGUGACUUUUCUACCUCACAGUUCAACUUCUCUGCCCGCUUUCUCUGAGAGCAAAGAUCCUCCUCAGUGACUCUAUGACCUGAUCAUAUCCCUGGGUGCAAAGUAAAUUUACAUUAGCAAUUCCACUGUAAGACAGUGAAUUUUACCUGGGGGUGAUUUUGUCCCCCAGAGGACAUUUGGCAAUGUCUGGAGACAGUCUCAAUUGUUACAACUCAGGGCAGGGGGCUGCUGGCGUCUGGAUAAGGUUGCUGCUAAACAUCCUACAAUGCAUAGGACGGCCCCUUAGAACAAAGAAUUAUCUAGUCCAAAAUGUCAAGUGUAUCAAGGUUGAGAAACCUGACCAUAACAUAAAGUGAGAUUUAAAAAAAAUUUUUUUUUAAAGAUUUUAUUUAUUUAUUUGACAGAGAGAGACACAGAGAGGGGACACAAGCAGGGGAAGUGGGAGAGGGAGAAGCAGGCUUCCCGCUGAGCAGGGAGCCCAAUGCAGGGCUUGAUCCCAGGACCCUGGGAUCAUGACCCGAGCCGAAGGCAGAUGCUCAACAACUGAGCCACCCAGGCGCCCCUAAAGUAAGAUUUUUUUAAAUGACCUUUAAUGAGUGAGCUUAAUUUUGUGUUAUAUUUUAGGUUACCUUUUACCUUCAUAAUAUUUAGUAGGCCCUUAUGCUCCCAUUUCCAAGGUUUGGAAAAUAGUGGAAUUAGUAAAAUGGGGAGCUGAGGCCAAAUUGUUCAUAACUUGCCCAAGCUCUGACUUGGUCUGUGAUGUGGAAACUUAGAAAUUCUGAUCUCAUACUCCUAGAAUGAUUACUAGGCUCUGGUCAUUCUAUUACAUUUUAAAGUAGCAAAAUCAUGGGAGGAAAAUGGAACAUGAAGCUUAAUAUUUAAAUGAUUCUUUUUUCCGUAAUGUCUCCGAUUGUUGCCUUCCUGGUUGGCUGUUUUGAGUUUGGGUGUUGACAUUAGUACUAACUGGAUUGCUGAAUUCUAUCACUUUUAAUGGAAAUAAUGACUUUGUUUGGACUAUUAGAUCGUAAACUGUCCUCUGUUUUAAAUUUAUGUUCACAUUUGGUGGUCAGUAUUUAUAACUGCACAGUGCCUGAGGUUUAAUUAAUGGAGUUGGUGAUAUUUUUAUAAGUAAAUUCAUCGUUGGGCCCAACACAGACCGUUAAGGACUCAUUUUAUAUCUGGCAUCUUUCUGGCACUUUCAAUCCAAGUUCACAAAGGGAUUCUUUGUCUUACAUUAGAUACGUUGCAUGGGCAGGAACAGAAUUCUUACUUGUAAUGGAAUUUUAAAAUGGCAUCCCUGGGAAGUUGUUUCUCUUGGGGGAAGGGGACAUGCUUUCAUAGCAAGGGUUGGAAAGGAAUGUAAAUAAGGCCUGUAUCUGUAAUAGACUAAGAAAUGACAUAGAGCAACAUGACUGCUGGUCAUUUGACAGAUAGAUGCCAUUUUGAUGUAAAUAUUUUGGUGGUCGCUACCUGGUGGUCUGCAAAAUGUGAAAUUGAGUAUUCUGGAGCUUCAGAAUACGUGAUGGGUUUUUAUUGUCGUUCAUCGAUGUUGUGAACAAAGCCACACGUUGGCUGCAUGUGCUGAUUCUGAGGGCAGUGGGAAGACUGGAGUGGCCUGUGGUCAUCUGAGUUCAGACUGCUUCAUUGGAUUGAGAAGUUUGGCUUGUGUGUCUCUUGUGCAUUGACGAUAGAAUUACCUCUGUGAAGUCUAGUGUUAACAGGGUGGGGAGGGGCAGAGGGUUGGGUGUGAAGUUUCUACUGCACUCUCUUUUGAGCUUUACCACGGUCCUUCCUGUUGCUGUUGGUCUCUUGUAGCUUGCCUUGUGCUUUCGUGCUGUCUUCCAGCUCCAAAGAGGGCCCUUUAUUCAGUCGCUUGUGAUGGGCAGCGUUUUCGUGGGUUUUUGUUCAGGAUUUCUGCUAAAUAUUGCUAUGCUCCUCAAACCUUUCAUUCUAGUGCGGACAAUGGAAUUCUUUUCAUCAGAGAAUGCUUCUGUAGAGAGAAAUGAAAAGUGUUUUGUUUGGCAGGAGUAGUUCGGUUGUUUUCCAACGUGCCCCUGGUUUUAAAAGGUGACACUAACUCACACCAUUGCGAUCAGAUGAUAUGGGACCUUCAUAACUGGAGGACUUCCAGCAUCUGUUCUGACCCCCGGGGAGAUUAUUUCGCUACCCCCAAUUCUUCAUUGACAAUUGUGGUUUGGGGGAAUGAUUUUUAUAUCCAUCGUUUGACUUUUGGAUAUUUGUCAGUAGCAUAUUAAAAACCAGGGUGGUUAGGGUGGGAUUACGUGCUUGGUGGGAGAAGGCUUAGUAGGAACAAGCUUGGGGAUUUUAAGGAAGGCGUCAACUGGAGCUAUAUGUCUUGGUGACACAUAAUGGAGAUGGAUUGUCUGUCAUGCAGACAGUGACAGGUGUGAUCAUGAUUUUGGAGGAAGCAGAAAACCAUGCCAGACAGUUUCACAUCUCUCAUCGUCCCUGUGGAGCAUCUAAACAAAACAAAACACGAAGCUGAUAGUACCACAGUGGUCUACUUAGGCUCAACUGAGCAUUUAGAAACAUUCACACUCAUGAACUGCCACCCUCGGCCUCAAAGGCACUUAGAAGGAUACAGGACAGGAAGUGCCGCUCGCCAGGAGGGCAGAACCAGAUGUCGCUCUUCUGUCGGAGUCCCCAAAACUGUCCGUGUGUCAUAACCUAGGUGCAAGGAGACAGACCCACAUCAGACAAGUAUGGAAGCUAUCCUGGCUUAAAAGCCUCUUGUCUCAUGGGAGCAAGUGUCCAUUAUAACAACCCUGUAGACAUAGUUUCCAGGGUCCCUGCAAGAGAUACGUCCGUUCCAAGGGUCACUGUACCUGUGGCUUCCUAUCAGGUAGACUUAGAAUUCUCCCAGUCUGGAUGCAGUUUACCAACUAGGGAUCCUUUUUUUCCACGUGUAAUGAUGCCAGCAACAUAGCUGAUACGCUGUUCUUUAUUAGGUUGCCGGGGGAACAGAGCUAGAAAGUUAACCGAAGGUCAAAUUCUCCUGUGGAAGGAGUAAAAGGUUCUCUUGAUCCAUUACCAAACAGUAUGCUGAGCAAUUGCACAACGGAUACCCCACCUCGUUCCUAGAAGAUGUAGCCAGAGGAAUUUCCUCCUAAAAUAGAGCCAACACCAACUCAUCUUCCUCUCUUGAAGAGUGUUCGUUCUUUGUGUUUAGCUGCUUCUGGUUCAUACACUGUGGGCAGAUUCUGCUGAGGUGUGUGUAAGAAUUGGAUAAAUAGUCAAAGCGGUCCCACCAAAAUGUCAUACAUCCUGUAAUAGGAUCCAUCCUAUCAUAGGAUCCAUCCUAUCAUAGGCAGGCAUCGUAUGACAUGCUACAAGGACACUGUUGGAUGGAAAUUUGUGGGGAUUCCAUCAAAUCACACAUUGAUGGGAACCUAUGUUCUCCUGCCAGCCCCCGAACACAGGCUGUGGGUGGAGAGGUCUCUUACUGCUCUCACGUGGUGCCACUCUUGCUUUGCUUCUGUUGCUCUUGGAAGAUCAGCAAGUGGAUAUAGCUGGCUGUCUACCCAACAGUUAUUUAUGGAGUCCUUCCUAGGUGUCAGGCCCUAGGGGUACAUCAGGGAACAAGCAAAAUCCCUGCCCUCGAGGAAUUUGCAGUGAGUGAAGAGGGAGACUAGCAGUUAAGCAGUUACAACACAGGUUUGGGUGUGACAGUGGGCAAGGAUGAGAAGGGUGUGCUGAGAUGCUUGGGUAGAGCACUGAGCCCAGUCUCAAAGCCUCCAAGAAGGCUCUCUUGUCUAAGCUACUGUUACCGUGGUCCUUCCCAUCCAGUAAACUUCUAUUUAUCUUGGGAUAUAAUUUACAAGCAGUUUAAAUAGUUUCUGACUUUUCCUGCCUUUUCCAAACAUGGUGGCUUUAGACAUUAACAAUGUUUAAAUGACCUAUUUUAUUCAGGGAUGUAAAAAUAUUAUAAGCAUUUCAGAAUAUCCUAGUCUUUAGGAAAAAAAAAUGCAUCGGAUGCUAUGGUUUUCUUAUUAAAACACCACCACCACCACCACCACCAAAUAACUUUGCAUGAUCUUGAUCCAGUGUGAUAAGAUAGAACAAGGUAUUUUUUACUGUGACAGAUGUGGAGGAGCCCCAGUGCCUCUGGAUUGAGUCUUGGCUGGCCAUGUAAGUGAGUUAAUACCCCAGAAACCAGAUAGAUAGGGAACAGAACCCAUACAAUCAAAUAAUUUGAGAAAUAGAAGGGACUUUAAAGAUAGUCUACUCCAACUCUAUUUUACAGAGAUGAAAUGACUAGUUCCUGGUUCCCCCACAGCUGGGUAGGGUCAGAAACCAGUUCCUGCCAGGCCAGUGUUGAUAAUAAACAUGUUGGGGCAGGCAGCAAAGACCAUCCAUAGCUAGCAUUAGUUUCCUUGAGUAUCCAUCAGACUGAAAUCACAGAAGACGAAAAUGCUGUUUCAGUCUCAUGUGACUUUAUGUGAUCGUGGCCUG